GCUCAGCCACAUAUGUGGCCCCUGGGCACAGAAUCUCCUCAGUGGGUAUGGACAAUCCCCAGUGCUUCUGGAUUAUGUACUCUGAGCUCCUCUCAUCACGCACCUCUGCUUGCCUCCCCAAGACCUCCAACCCCUCCUCUGCGUACUCUCACCAGCUGGCAGUUGUCCUGUGAUCCCUUUUUGCCUCAACUCAUCAGCCCGAUUCCACUGCCAAGUAUUCAGUGGGAGCUUCCAUCCAGGCCCGCCAUGCUGGGAUUUCAGCCCUCUGCAGGUGUUGAUCUGGUCCCUAUGUUCCCUGUUGUGUAUCGAACCAUACUGCCUCCCCACUAUCGUAAAGCUUGGCUGGAGAAACGAGUACCAGACUACAAGGUUUAUCUGAAUAACACUCUGAAGACCACCUGGAUUGGGCCAGAAGAAAUAGGAAUUUUUCAGAGGCAAGAAAAGCCGGUACUGAUGACAAAUCAAGUGGCAAUGAGCAUAUCCAGGCCAGCUGCCGCCUCCAGGAAUUUCCACACUCUGCUUCUGACACCCAGGCGCAUUUCAGGAUCUCGACGCUCUUGGGAAGGCCUGCUGAGCUCUUGCCUGCCCACACAGAUCACUGCUGUAAGGUCUCUCCCUUCUCCUACUGUGACCCUUCUGACUGGAGACUGGAAAGCACGCAAAGCUCCAGAAAGUAAAGUGGAAGUGAAGAAGCCAUCUUGCUCGGGAGCCUUGGUGCUACACUCUGAUUCAACCCCAGAGGAAAAAAGUGAGGAUGAACAGUUUAAGGUCAGCAUGGAUAUUGACAGCUCUCCCAAAGACAAUCGGCCAGUUGCCUCCACACAUGUGCCUGGAUCACCAUGGUGUGUGGUUUGGACCGGUGAUGACAGGGUGUUCUUCUUCAACCCCACCAUGCAUCUGUCUGUAUGGGAGAAACCAGUGGAUCUAAAAGACCGGGGGGAUCUCAACAAAAUCAUCGAGGACCCACCACAUAAACGAAAGAAGGACUCACUGGAUGAUGACUCUAAUUUACCCUCUACUGACGAGGAGAAUGAAGAUGAUGAGGGAGACCAUAUUUUAAAAUCUAAACGCAACAAAUUGGAGCAGCCAGCUACUGACUGUGCGGAUGCCAGUGAUGAGAAGAAUGAAGUGAAGUGCAUGUCUAAUCAGAUGGUCCUGCCACUAGAACUGAGGAUCACACAUUUUAGAGAUAUGCUCUUAGAAAGAGGGGUCUCUGCGUUCUCAACAUGGGAGAAAGAAUUACACAAAAUUGUGUUUGAUCCACGAUACCUUCUGCUGGGUCCAGACGAGCGUAAACAGAUUUUUGAUCAGUUUGUGAAAGCCAGAAUAAAAGAAGAGUACAAAGAAAGAAAAAACAAACUGCAGCAGGCUAAGGAGGAGUUCAGGAAAUUACUUGAAGAAUCCAAAAUCACAUACAGGUCAACAUUCAAAGAGUUCUCAGAGAAGUAUGGUCAGGACCCACGCUUCAAACGAGUCUCGAAACAGAAGGACCAGGAGCUGCUUUUUUCUCAGUUUGUCAACGGGCUCAAGAAACGUGAUAAGGAGAACAGAAUGAGGCUCAGGAAAAUGAGAUGAAAAAAGUAGUGCUGAAACUGGAUUGCCUUCAGCCUGAUACUUAAAGCUCACAGUGAGACCAGGUGCAUGAUGGCACAAUCUGCCCACUGGGUCUAACUAAGCAAACAGUUUUAACACUGGAUUCAAAAAAUAAAGAAAGCACAGACUAACAAGCUGUUCUAGUGCCAGUUUUGUUUGACCUUAAGGGUGAUACAAGUCUGAGACCAAUUCUGUUUCAUAUUGAAGCUUUUAAAACUCAACAUUACAAGAUGUCAUCAUAAUAAUGAAAAACUGUAUUCCGAGAAAUGUACAUUGUACUGUUUGAAGCCAUCAA